AUGCCAUUAUGGUUAAAUAUAGUUUGUAUCAUUAUAUGUGCUAUAUUAAGCGCUCUUUUUUCUGGUUUGUCAUUGGGAAUAAUGAUGUUAGAUACUUUACAGCUAAAUUUAUUGAUUUUAGUGUCUGAAAAAGAUAGAAAAGAAUUAAAUAAUGCAAAGAAUGCAAGAAAAAUAUUACCUUUACGAAAUAAUACUAAUGAAAUAUUAGUUACAUUUAUUACAGCAAAUAUUAUGGUUAAUUCAGCUUUUAGUUUAUUAUUAAGUGAGAUAACAAGUGGAUUAACCUCUUUCAUUAUUUCUACAAUAAUUAUUACUAUAUUUGGAGAAAUUAUUCCCCAAUCUAUUUGUUCCAAACAUGGUUUAGCCAUAGGAGGAUUCUUUGCUCCUCUUAUUUACUUCCUUAAGUUUUGUCUAUACAUAUUUGCUAAACCAGUUAGUCUUGUAUUAGACCAUUUUGUAGGCAAAAAUGUACUAAAUACCUAUGAUAAAAAACAAUUAAAAGCCUUAGUUGAUAUGCAUAAAAACACAACAAAUAUAUUGCAUGAAGAUGAAGCAAAAAUUCUCGUAAGUGCUUUAGAACUUUCUCAAUAUAAAGUUAUACACAUUAUGACUGAUAUAGAUUAUGUAUUUGGUAUAGAUUAUAAUAGCAAUAUAAACUAUGAAACUCUAAAGAAAAUUUUGAAAAGUGGAUUUUCAAGAAUUCCUGUUUUAAAUAGAAAUAGUUCUGAGUGUAUAGUAGGACUUUUGCAUAUAAAAGAUCUAAUUAAUAUUUGGUUUGGAAUUAAUAAAAUUUUGUUUGAUAAUAAUUCACUAAUGAAUUAUAGAAAAGAAAAAAAAAAUUAUAAUAAAGGUUAUACAAAUUAUAAAAAAAGGAUAAAAAAUGGAAUAUUAUAUUAUAAUAAAUACAACUCAAAAAAAAAAAAAAUUUCUAACAAAAUAUAUCUUCCUAAAAACAAUAAAGUUGAUGAUUAUAAUCUUCUAUAUGAAGAAUAUGAUCAUAAUAAAGAAAAUGUAAAUAAUAACAUAAAUAAUAAUAAUAUUAAUAAUAAUCAUAAUAAUAAUAAUUGUUAUUGUAAUUAUGAUAGAAACUAUAUUAUAAAUACAGAUAUUAAUAUUAGCAACAAUUUCAACUGUGAUGAUGUAAAAAUAAAUAUUAAAGAAAUUGAUAAUAUACAUAAUAAUGUGUUAGAAAAUAAAAGCAUAAAAAAUUAUACAGAAGAAAAAAAUGUUCAUUUAAAUAAUAAUACACCUUAUAAUCUAAGUUAUAAUUCCAAAGAAAUAAGAAAAUUCUUAAGGCUUAGAAAAAAAAAAAAAAAAUGGAAAAAAAAUUCAGGUAAUUUUAUUUUUUCUUCUAUGAAUAAAAAUAUAAAAUUUGUUGAAUUUCUUUCAGAUAACAUGAUGAACACAAACAAUAAUAAUGUGUCUUCUUUCAAUGAAAAUACAUUUUCUAGUGAUAAAAAUAAAAUAAAAUUAUGUAGUAAUAAUAAUGAACAUAUAACUAAAAAAAAAAAAUUUAAAGAAAACUUAAAUAGAGAAAAAAAUAUAGAUGAAAUAUUUUCUGAUUUAAAAAAUUACAUAAGAAUUACCAAUAACAAAGAUAUAGAAAUACCAGUAAAAUAUAUAUUAAAGCACAUAGGUAGAUAUAUAUAUGGAGUAAAUUAUGAUGAAAGUAUUUUAUCUCUUUUAAAUUUUUUUAAAAGAGCAAAUAAUCACAUUGUUGUCGUAAGAAAAGUUGUUUAUGAUGAAAAUGUAGAUCCGAAAUACUCACAUAUUGGUAUCAUAACACUAGAAGAUGUUAUUGAAAUUUUAUUACAAGAGGAAAUUUCGGAUGAAUUCGAUUUUAAAAAAGUAAAAAAAGGAGUAGAUAUACCUUCCAAUUUUGUCUGGAAAAAUUCUAAUGAAUCAUUUAACAUGUCAACAGAUUGUCAAAAGAAAAAUAAUAGUUAUGAAAUAUACGAAAAAAAUGAAUAUAAAAAAAAAAUGCAAGAUGAAACAGAAGAGAAAACAAAAAGAAUACAUGAAGAUAAAGAUAAAAAAGAAAAAGAAGAGAAAAAUGAGAACUUCAAUUAUUUAUCAAAUUACUCUUUAAAUGAAUCAAAUAUUAAAAGAUCACAAAUUUUACUUAAUUAUAAAAAAGAAAUUAUAAGCUUUCUUAAACAAAAUAUUUAUUUUAAGUAUAUAGAUACUCAUUUAAUAAGUAAGUAUGUCUACAAAAGGAAAAUAGAAACCAUAUAUGAAAAUGAAUAUUUAUUGAAAGAAAAUACUUUUUUAAAUUAUGCAAUUAUAUUAAUAAAGGGAAAAGUAAGAAGUUUAGAAAAUGAUAGCUCUUCCAUAGAAGGUAAAUGUUUCAUUGGAUUAAAAGCUUUAGGUCCUUUUAACAUAAUCGAAUUUUUUAAUAACACUAUUGAAAAAAGGAUUAAUGUUUUAGAAUGUUAUGAAAAAGAAAAAAAAAAGAGAAAAAAAAAGUUUUUUAUAAAGAUGAGUUUGAUUAAUAAAAGAACUUCAAAAAAAGAAAAAAAGAGGAAAGGAAAUAUAUAUAGUAAUCCAUCUAGCUCCGAUGAGAUUGUCAAAAAAAAUAUGAAUAUUCUAUUCAAAAAAUGGUAUACUCAACAUGUGUAUUACAACAAAAUUACAUAUAUAACAGAAACAACUUGUGAAUAUAUGCUCCUGCCGAAAAGUGAUUAUAUGGAUAUGAUAAUAGAAUGCUACUGUAACAAUAAAGUAGAUGAAAUAAUCUAA